AUGGACAGCAAAGAAUAUCUGAUAUCGUAUGGGUGGAAGGAGGGAGAGGCACUCCGGAAAGGUGGCCUGAAAAAACCCAUCUUGGUGAAGCACAAGAAGGAUAAGAAGGGAUUGGGGUGUGCUCCCGGUCAGGACGACAGCGAGGCGUGGUGGGAAAGAUUGUUUGACGGUCAAUUGAAGAAUCUUGAUGUGAGUUGCAGCUCGACGAGCGGAAAAAUCGAGUUCAAGCAGAACGAGUCGGUAGCCACUGGCGUGUCAAAGUCUGUUUCUCCUCUUUACAGAUGGUUCGUCAGAGGAGAGGGCUUGAAAGGGACCAUCGGACACACUCCCCUCAAGAGCAGCGUUGUUGUCGCAUCACAGAAAAGGAAGAGACAUGAUAAGGAUGGUGAAGAGCUGAGGAAGCUCAAAAACGCCAGGAAGGAGAAGAAGAGGGAGAAGAAGGAGAAAAAGAAGCACAGAAGGGAGAAGAAACUAAAGAAGCAGAAGAGAAAAGAAGCCGAGUCACUGCGAGACGACGCGAUUGCAUGCAGCAGCUAA